AUGCUCAGACGCUUCAUUCAAGCAGAGGAUUCUCUAGAUCAUCUGCACCUGGGAAAGCUUGACUCUGGUCCCAAACAGCGCCGAGAAGCACGGUUGAUUUCGAUUCUUGAUAACAUUAUGGCUCUAUUUGAGCCUGCCGCCUCUACGGAGGGGACGCCAGUCGGGCCAGACACCAAUUUCGACAAUGACCCGGACGCGGACGAGCUUGACGGUUAUCAAGCCCAACGCCAUCUUCAAGAGCAUGACCUUGGUAUGUGUGCAACACGCCGCGGGAGUAAUAUCGAGGCUGAUGAAAUAUAG